CACCACGGCCUUACACGGAGUCUGUCUCAGUGUAACAUUCGUUCGUAGAAACUUGUAGUGAAUGGAACAAAGUUACGUCUGGUCCGCGAUUCGUAGUGCAAAGUAAUAUUUUUAAUAAGGGCAACUAUUGAUUUUUCCUUUCAUCACAGCUCGAGGAUAUAAAUUUUCCAUCUAGUAGUCGGCGAAAGGAGUGAAUUGUUGUGCAAAUUGCACAAAUUGGAGACGUAUUAAGCGGUAGCCAAUGGCUACUUUGAUCGAUUGCGUUGUUCAGUGAAGUGAUUAAUAAAGAAAUAAUUAAGUGGGGAGCAUCAAAGUGAGUCAGUGAAACGCAUAUCGGUGAUUUUUGUGCUAUAACCAGUUUGCAGUGGUCGUGAAGGAGAAAUGAAUAAUAAAAUGAAACGAGGGGCAUCGUUGCGGAUUGAUAAAAAUAAGCUCAAAGUGGUUACGUUUUGCGUGUUACUUUGCGCUUCAAAUUUUCUACCAGUUUUGGAAGCGAGAAAAACCAGUGGCAAGAGUAAAAGCUCGUCAUCAUCGUCGGUUAGUCGGGGCCGUGUUUCUAAACCAAGUCAAAGUAUUCCGGCGGCCAGUAACCCUGGUAGUUUGAGUUACAGCAACUAUCAGCAAAAGCCAAAACCGGCUCCAUCAGCGCCGGUAGACUCAUCAGCCAAUGCACGGCCCAUCGGUUGGAACGUCAAUAGUAACCAACCGGCGAAACCAGCUGCAGCGGCGCCUCCAUAUCCAGUGCAAAACGCUGCUAAACCACCAUAUCCAGUUCAAAGCUCCGGAGCCGCUAAACCACCAUACCCAGUGCAGCAACAGCAUAACGUGCAUCAGACACAUGGAGCGCCACCCCCGCCAUACUCUGUGAAUCCUCAACAUGGCGCACCACCGCCAUAUUCAGCCAUGAACAAUCCAAAUGCUCAUUCUCCGUUCAAUCAACCACCUCCAGCGUACAGCCCUGGAAAUCAGGGCUUCAAGCCAGGCCAACCCGGAGGCUUCAAUCAGCCUGGAUUUGGACAACCCGGAGGAUUCAAUCAGCCUGGCAGCUUCGGACAUCAGCAGUCAGGCGGAUUCGGACACCAACAACCAGGAGGUUUUGGACACCAACAACCAGGCGGGUUCGGUCACCAACCCUCAGGAUUCGGUGGAUUCCCCUCUGGAGGUUCUGGUUACCACGCUCCAGCCGGUGGAUAUGGUGGACUACCUCACGGUGGAUUCCAAGGCGGCGGUGUUGCUCCGGCAGUCAACUAUGCUCCAGCACCAAGCUUCCCCAUUGCGGCCAUCCCUGUGGGAGCAUACAAACCACAAUCAUCUGGAAUUGGAAUCGGAGGAAUCGCUGCUGGAGUCGGAACGGGUCUUCUAGCAGGAGCCGCUGGUGCUGCCAUUUACAACGCACUGAAACCUGAAGAUCGCGUUAUCUACCGUGAUCGUGUUACUGUUGUCAACGGUAACCCAGAGACUCCUGCUGCCGCUGCUGCUCCAGCAGCUGCAGCUGCCCCUGCUGCAGCUGCUCCAGGUGCUCCAGCAGCUCCAGCCGCGGCACCUGCCCCAGUCCCAGUUGCAGGUGCAAAUCCACCUCCGGCAACCAGUGAAAAUAAGGACGCCGUCGCCGGUGUUCCAAAUACCCCAGUGAUCAUGAACACCAACUCAACUGGCGAUCAACCAACAAACUCUACCGAAACAUCCACACCAACUCCACUGGCCUCGUACAAUGAGACAUCUACAGCUCCAGUACCCACCGGAAAGCAGUAUUUCCCACCACCCGGCCAGUACUAUCCUGCUACCGGUCAGUACGUGCCCCCAGGCGAAUACGAUCCAGCCACCGGAGUAUUUACACCAGGUCGCUACAUCCCGGAGACCAACAUUUUCCAGCAAGGGCAGUACGACCCCCUGACGCAGAUAUUCACGCCAGGAUCGUACGAUCCUGCUACCGGACAGUUCGUGUCCGAUCCGAACAAUGGCCCGGUGAAUCUGGGUGCCGUUGCGGCAGCCCAAGAUGCCGCGGUUACCAGCCAGCCGCUGAACCAAGCGCCAAGCGGCGCCACUACCGUGAGCACCACGAUCAAGACUCUUAUACUGACCACCAUGUUGCCAACGGUUUUCGCUGCGGUUGUGCGGUACUAGAGAAAAAAAGAGGUACAUUUUUUAGGAAGCCGUCGUCACUUUUGAAAGAUAACUGAAAUGACAAAUAAACACCGAGAAAACAUCGUUAACGAGAAUGUGGAACCAAAAGCUUGAUAUUACGACUUCACUACCAUUACAAGCAAGUUAUAUGACGCAUUAAGCUUGAAAAUCGCAGAACGAACUGAACGAUAUUACAGUCGAAUGGCAAAUAAUCAAUGUUUUAGCUAUCAAUCGCGUUACACAGGUAACGCUAUUUUUUAUCUCGCAGCUGUUACUGAAAUGCUGAUUUGUGGAAUUUUGAAGUAAAUGAAAAGAAUUGAAAUUUGUCAACGGUUUAAAUACGACAGAACUACAUUAGAACAAUCGAACAAAUACAUCAGUGUCAGAUAUCGGACUAUUGAAAACACGAAAAGAUUAGAACCAACUAAAUAUAACGCAUUUAGCGAUGAGACUUUGAAAAUAAAAUUUAUCCAAACAUUGUCUUUUUUCCUACUCUUAACUUGCAAAGUAUGACACCCAAAUUGAUAAUUUCUUCCAGUGAACGGAAUGAGCAAUCUUGAACAAUUAUGCGUAGUAUUUAAUACCUAAUAUGAUUUGAUGUCAGAGGGGCAUUUGGUAGCGUCCCCACAAUCAAGGCUAAAAGAAAAGUGACAAGAUCGUAUCUCUGAACCAGUUAUGUCCUCUCUGUUUAAAGGCGAAAGCUAUACUAUAUUCUAUCCUAUUGUAGACUAUUCCAUAUACUGUAUAUUGAAUUGAACUGAAAUGAAUCUCUAUUUUAUAUAAAUACUGUUUGUAGACUUGUUGAUACUUUACCCCUACCUAGAUGCCCUUCUUGUGCGUAACACCUGACACCAUUUCUAGAACGUGUUGAAAUGUGAUAAAAGAACAAAUAUUUUUAAAAGGAGAUUUAUAGUUAUUAUAUUAUCUCUUUCUAAUAUUCAGUAUUCGCUAGGAUAUUAGACAGAACAUAAACGUGCAUAAACCAUUGAGAAACUCUUUGCGAUUAGGAAUAAACAUUGGUGUACAAAAUCAUUAUAAUCAUAACUAGAUGAGAAAAUAAACAACACCUAAAAUAAACCGCGAACCCAAAUAAACCAAAUGCGCUUUUAAAAUAUGAUCGUUGAGUUGGUGCCGCUUUUAGUAGCCAGGAUAGUCGAUACAGGAACAAAUCACAAGUUUUAUAAUAUCUUAAAAAAUCACUAACUGUUUACAUACUACAUGCAUGCAAAAAAAAUGUGAAAAACUUGGCAACUGCAAAAUCUCAGACUUCUUAUUUUGUAAAUAAAAUUUUUCAUUGAAACACUA